GCCUGCGGUCGAUAAAGUUUUAGCGAGCGCCGAGUUCCAUCAUUAUCAAAGUUGUCUGUGCAAGUUGCAAGAGUUGGUCCUCCGGAAUAAUUCGCUCUGAACUUCAAUUGGUGGGCCUAUUUGUUUCAUGCAUUUCGUGUUCUGGUUUUCUUUUCCUCUCGAGCGCUUGGAUUACACAACGUUCACUUGCGAGCUCUGUUUCUGCUCUCGGUUUUAUUUCAAGUGAACGCGACUGGCAAACCUAUUGAGAACCUUAAAACCUUUCACGGAUUUAGAUUCUGCGGGUCGAGUUCACCAUGAAUGCGUUUGGCUCAGAUCAAAUGCUGCUUCCCAGCAUAACCCAGAUUCUUGAACCUGACGUCAAGCCCAUAACCUCCAUCCACCAAUCACUGCUCAGCGAUGAUGAUCUUGCAUCCGGCACCAAUCACAUCCACCGCCCAGAUAUCAACAAGACCACGCCCAAGAUGCUGACUCCGCCCGACAGCCCCGUCGUCUUCUCAGAGCUAACCACGCCCCCUAAUCUUCUCAGGAUGACGUUACACGACGGUUCACAGAUGGUCUCGAAUUUGGAGUCUGUUUGCAGCGUGCUUGAAAUGGGACUGCAUUCGAAUUUUCUUCCGGCAUUUGAUAGUCUGGAAUCGUUAAAUCACAUCACUGAAUUGGAGCAUCUUCAUGCCAGGGAUAUCAUGAGCAGUACAUCAACGAGAUCAGAUGACAUGUUCGAUGAUAAUGACAGUGGCUCAGAUUGGCCCGGUAUUUACAUCGAUGACAACGAUGACACCAUUGUUCCCAGCCCCACCCCAUCCCCUCCAUUCGAUGCUCCCUACUUCUACGAGUCUCCGGACCUUACAACCAUCGACAGUCUCCUCGUCUACCAAGAACCAGCGAAACCCGAGAGAAGGAAAUACAGCUCCAUCAGUACUGAAGAAUCCAUACAGUCUGACAGUGGCAGCGAGGGCGGACGCUGUACCCCUCUCAUCAUCCCAACCAGACCGUUCCACAGUCAUCACAGUUCCAAUAAAUCAAAAUCAGCAGCAAGCAGGACGCACAACUACCAGAGACGCAUCAUCACCAAGAGCCUGGAAGAGCUCCGGGAAGAAGGAUCAAAGCCGGUCUACGGGUCACCAUCAUCACCCUCAUCGUCAUCGACAUCAUCGUCGAGUUCUAGCAUUGAGAAGAGAAAGCGAGGUCGACCCAGGAAGAGGCUUUCUGGCGAACUCGGGGAGAGGGGAGUCAACAGAAGAAAACAGAGCAGGAAAGCAGUGAAAGGAAGUCAUCUGUGGGAGUUCAUCCUUAACAUCUUAAAGAACGAGGCCUACUGCCCCCAGUACAUCAGGUGGGAGGACAAGGAGAGAGGAGUCUUCCGGAUCGUCAACUCAAAGGUGGUCGCCAACAUGUGGGGGGAUAUCAAGAACAACCCACGGAUGACGUAUGAGAAGCUGAGCAGGGCAAUGAGGUACUACUACAAGAGGGAGAUCCUGGAGCGGGUGGAUAAAGCUCGACUCGUCUACAAGUUCGGCGAGAAAGCCGAAGGAUGGAGGAAGGUCAUUGCGGAUGAGUGAACAAACUUGUAACCAUGGUAACCGCUUCCAGUAAAAACGCCCUUGUUAAAACGGCGACGGUGAAGCUAAAGAUGAAGAGGCGAAGGUGACGCCUGUCUAUGAGGUUGGAUUCCGUCAUCUGUACUUGAACCCUUGAGUGACCUUUCUGCGGGAUGAUUUGAGAAGAACUUUUUUGUUGUUGGAAAGGAACAAAUGAAAUACUAGAACCUUGGCAGAUGUCUUAGUUGCCACAAGCAAUCAGGUCUUCCAACAUAAGUGACAAUGGCAGAACUUGCUCAAUAAUUACAUUGUCUCAUCGUCAAAGAACAAUUUUGCUCUUCCAAACUUAUCUGACUGUCUGAGAGAUGAUUCUUCAAACCAGUCCAGAACUUUGAUCGGUUUAUAGGACCAAUGGGGAAAACCAUUAAGCCUUCAAAAUUCCUCAUCGAUUUUUAAUUGCAUGGCUCCACCAGAUUAUCGAGUCUUCCAAAAGAUUCUCAGUUCAUUCCAAGAACAUAGAAUAUUUCGAUGUUCAGAUGUUCAAUUAUUCGUGACCGAAGUAAUUCAGAAGUGGUAUGCCAAAAAUCAUCAUUCCAUCUUGUUUCAACCAGAGAAUAAAAGUAUAUUCUAACCAUUUCGGUUGCGCGGGAACUUUACAGAAACAGACAGGCCUGUACGACAAGACAUGCCUUCCGACCAAAUUCUGCUUAUUCCAUCAUCAAGAUUAGUCUUCCAACUUUUGCGAACAUGUUUCAUUUCUCUCAAUGUCAAACACUCCAUAGAGUUUUUUGUGCAUGGUACGUAUUAAAGUAAAAAACCUGUCUAUAGCGACCACCCAAGGUAAACACAAAAAGUGGUCUUUGUAGACAGGUUCCUUUAGUACAUGUUUCAAUGAGAAACCAUUUUCAAGGGGGAAAAAAACAAAUGGUCUUUGUAGACAAGUGAUCGCUAAAGCAGGUUUGUCUGUAUCUCAUAAAAUGGGAGGAUUUUAUCUGCUGGACCUCUUGUUCCGUUUUCUGUUAGAAAAAAAUGUUAGGAAGCCGGGCUUCGAUUUAUCCUUUUAUUUGGAUUCUCAAAGUAUCCGCACUUGACAUUCUCGGUGUGCAAUGUCAUUAUAAUAACUAAUCAUAGUUCCUGAAAAUGCUUUUCAAUAGGCAAAAAA